GACCCGAGAAGUGAGCGUUCGAUUUCAGUUUCAUUGGGCGUAGCUGGACAAUGGCAAGCGGCUUUGACUUCAGUAAAUUGUGCUCAACUUUCAGCGAGAUCUGUCCGGACUUUGGCGCAACGCAUCAGACUGACAAAUCGCAGAGCCUGGACUUUGCUAACAAAGUACUCUUCGACCUCGGUCCCAAGAUGCGCCAGAUUAAGCAAAGUGGCUCAGCGCAAAUGUGGCGCUUAAUCUUUAAUGGGGACACAAGCGUAUUUGUCUACAGCUACACCUUUCCGCAUCGGAUUAACGUUAAUCCGCAACUACACGACAAGAAGCUGUAUCUCACUCUCAAGCAGGCUGGCCUGUUGGCCGCCAGCAAAAUAUGCUCCAUGCUGCAUGAUUUCUAUAAUCCGAGAGACAAGAUACUAUUGACGCCUUUGGCUCGAGCCGUCUUCCUGCCACAAAACAUUCCAAAGAUUGCCGUCGAACUGACAAGGCUGCUCGGUCGAAGAGUGGAUAGCAACGAAGUGGUCAAGGCUGUUAUCAGCAGCUGUCAGACCGAUGGCUUCCACUUGCAGCACAGCCAGUGCCACAUUGCCCUCGUUGCCAUUGAGGUGAGCGUCCCUGCGGCCACACAGCGCCAGAAGCUGCGUGAGAAGACAAUCCGGCUCUAUGCCAAACAUGGCAAGACUUAUAAAGAGGCGUACUACAAUAUCUACAUCAAGUACUCCAAAUUAGGCGGCAGAGCAGCAGACAUAGAGCCGACGCAGUCAAGUUCAAGCGACCAAAGCCUGCCCACAGCAAAGAGCAUAGACGCCGUCUUACGCAGCAUUGCCAAGUCUGCUGACGAUCCGCUUAGCGGUGGCACAGUGGAAAUGCAAUUUGUGGCACAUUCACCUGGUUUCAGUGAAAUCGAAACGACUCUCCCAACGCCAAUCAACAUUCAAGUCGAAACCACAAGCUUGGACCGUGUCAGAUUCAUUCGAACAACCAAACGUCCUAACUAGAUUAUGAUAUCUUUAGGAACUAUCAACAAUCAUUUUUUGUAAAGACCGGCAACCACAGCUUGUUGCUGGAAUCAAACAAUUUCUUUAAGCAAUAGAAAAAUAUAUUCAAUAAGUUGGUACAUCAAAGAGUUUUACAAAUUACAG